AUGUUGCAAUCUAUAGGACUGACUAUGACAAAAGUAGGUUAUGGAGAUAUUACAACUAAAAAUGAUGAAGAACUUUUGAUCAAUAAUCUUAUAAUGUCUAUUGGGUCGAUUGUAUUUGCUUAUUCAGCAAAUAUUAUUAGGAUUUUAGUAACUAACAUUUUAAAAAGUUAAUAAACUAUUAGUCUAAUAAAUAAGAUUUAUGGUAAAGAAAAAGAUAGAAUUUGAUUUAUAAAUCAAAAUAAGAACUUAUUCAGAGUAUAUUUGUAAAGAAAGUCAGAAUAAAAUGAUGAUCAAGUAGGAGACUUUUUUCAUCAAUUAAAUUAAUAAUUGUAAGAAGAAUUAAGAUUUCGAUGUAAAAUUUAUGAUUAAUAUCUUUUUUAAUUCUUUAACAAAAGAUUUAUUUUAAUAUAUGGAAGAAUAAGCUGUUUUACAAUAAUUUUUUAGUUGAAAGUUUUUAUAUAUUUAAUUUAAAAUAAGCUAAUUUUGUUUCAAAUUCUUAUUCAAAUGAUUAGUUUGAUAAUUACUAAAAGAAGCAUAAAAAUAUAUCAAAAUGAAAAUUUACAGAAAAAAACCCGUAAUAUGAUUUUUAAAAUUUAGAUAAGUAGUUUUAGAGAAUUGCCUUUCUUUUUAGAAACAUUAAUAACUACUGCAAUUUAAGUGGUUUUUCAAGAGUUUUAAAAAUAAGAAGAUAAGUCUUUCUUGAGUAUAUGAAGAAUUAUUCUGAUGAUCAAGAGAAAUACCAAGUUAAAAGGAAAUAAAUACUUUUUGGCGAUUAAAAUUCAUUAUUACUACAACGGUUUAGUUGUUAAAGUAAUACUCGUAUAAUUUCCGAUUGUAAGUAUAUUAUCCAGUCAAACAAGAAAGGACAAAAGGAGAUUCCAGCGUAUAGAAGUAAAUUAGUUCAAGAGUUAAUCUCACAAUCAAUUAAGAUUAGGCUUAAAAAAUAUUUAUAUAUAUCCAAUUGA